AUGGUGUGCUUCUGUUUCUUGGUCGAUCAGACGAGGAAAGUGAGGAAGAGCAAGCCGGCUGCCGGAAUCUGCUCGAGGUGCGGUGGCGGCGCCAGCGUGGCAGACAUAAAGACGGCCACCAGGUUCUGCCACGUGCCCUUUUACUGGAAGACUUGGAGGGCCAUUGUCUGCACUUUCUGUGGCGCCAUCCUGAGGUCAUAUCGGGACAUAUGUAAAAUGUAUUGA